CUCUCAUAUCUGACGCCUCUGUCUCAAUCCUUCUUCCUCUCCCUUCAUAUAUCCUUCAUCAGCACACCGUUUUAUCAACUCUUAUAUACCUAACACUACCCCGUACGCCAAAGUGUACCUCUCUCUAUUCUUCUUCCUCGAUCUAUUCAAUCCCCUUGACACGAUAUCCAAAUAAAACCAAGACCCAGAAAGUGAUCAAGAUAAAGAAGGACAAAGAAGGAAUAUACAUACACACAUAUACAUACACACCAUGAAACUCGUUUGGUCUCCCGAAUCAGCCUUACAAGCUUACAUAGACACGGUUAAAUCAGAGACUCAGAUAAGGCUGUGUUGUUCUUGUUGUGGUUGUUUGUUUAUUAUGUAAAUUGCUUCUUAGCUCUACUUUCUCGGUUUGUUUCGUUUUGUUUUGCUUUGUAGUGUGAGAAAUUCAAGGAAACCGGGGUACCAGAGUUGCUAUCAGCCAUGGCUGCAGGGUGGAACACGAAAUUCAUAGUGGAAUCAUGGUCCUACGGUGGUCCCAUAGCUGCAAGCGUAGGCCUAGCAGUUGCAGCUCGCAACACGGGUGCAAGACACGUGUGCAUAGUCCCGGACGAGCGAUCAAGGGCACAGUACAUAAAGGCUUUGGCUGAGAUGGGGGUGUCGCCGCCUCCGGAGGUGGUGGUGGGGGAGGCGGAGGUGGCGGUGUCGCAGCUCGCGGGGCUCGACUUUCUGGUUGUGGACUGCAAGAGGAAGGAGUUCGCUAGGGUUCUAAGGGUGGCCAAAGUGGGUCCAAAAGGAGCAGUCUUGGCAUGCAAGAAUGCAUGGCAGAGAAACUUUUGUGGCGGCUUCAGAUGGAGCGUGGUGCUACAAAAGGGUGUCCGUGUGGUUAGGUCAGUUUUCCUCCCAGUUGGAAAGGGUUUGGAUAUUGCAUACAUAGGAAGUAGUAGAAGUGGUGCAGCAGCAACAGCUUCAAAGGGCCCUCGCCGUUGGAUCAAGCACAUAGAUCAACAAUCAGGAGAAGAACACCUUUUCAGAAAGCCAUCUCAUUAGAAGAAGAUAAAUAAAUUAAUAAUUAGCAUGUCUGGUUUCACGAUUCGAAUAUGAUUUUUCACGUUUGAUAUGAUUUUUAGAAGUUAUAUAUUAGUUAUAGCUUUCACAUCUCAAACGUGAUUUUUCUUCUAUUCUCAACGGUUUUCAAAUAUGCAAUAGAUCUUUUGGUUGAAUGGGUUUAGUUUGAAUGACUUGAAUGUCUAAGAUGUAUUAAUGUAUUAUUAAUGAGUCAUGACUCAUAGAUGAUGAUCAAAUUCAUAACUGGGUUUGGGAAUUUGAGGAUUAGAAAUUCAAGCUGCCAAAUUGCUUUGUUAAAAAAUUAGUGUACAUACGUAUGACGGUUUCAGCUUAUAUUAUUAUAUCUGGGAUUGAUAUGAUGGCUAAGGAAGAUUUGGAAAGAGCCGUACGUAGUUUUUAUAAAAUGAUGUAAAUUAUAAGUUUUACAAAGUUAUGCUUAGUUUAUUAAUGCAUGCGCAAUUUUGUCUUUUGUAAGUUAUUUGUAGUUUCGCAUAAGCUUGACUUUGUUUGAUUUU